GCACUCCACAGGCCACCUCCACCGCCAAUGAAGGAGCACCGCCUGUCUCCAAUGCGCGAGGAGCAGUCAUCUGCCCCGGUGAACGAGGAGGGGUCACAGAAUGUGGGAGCAGGAGCUGCAGGCGGAUGUCCACCUGGCACUGUUGGCAAUACUGGGAGCAACAAGAAGCCACGAUCACGCACUAAGAUUUCCCUGGAGGCCUUGGGUAUCCUGCAAAGCUUCAUCCAGGAUGUUGGCCUGUACCCAGACCAGGAGGCCAUCCACACCUUGUCAGCACAACUUGACUUGCCCAAACACACCAUCAUCAAGUUCUUCCAGAACCAGCGCUACCACGUAAAACAUCACGGCCGCCUCAAAGAGCUGGGUGAGGGGGCCGCUGCCAGCGGAGGUGUGGAUGUCAGCGAAUACAGAGAAGAGGAGCUGCUUUCGGGGUCAGAGGACCCAGAGUCUAGUGAGGACGGAGCUGAGGACAUCUACCAGUCUACAGAGGGGAAUGGAGGGAGUACAGGGGGGCUGAACCAGCUUCCAGCCUCCUCCAGCUCCAACUCCAGCCAGUCAGGGACCAACGCUGCUCAGGAGGAAGGCAAGGACAAGGGGCAUGGCCGGCCUGGUGGCUCUUUGGCCCCCGGGAGCUCCUCAUCCAGUCCUAGAGAGCAGGCUGACUACCAGAGGUAGAGACUCACAAACAGAGACGAGGAGGAGGACCGAGAAAAUGAGAGAGGGAGAGAAAACAAGAUAAAGAAAUGGUCUAUGAUAAUGAAGCGAGGAACUGUUCAUGAAUUGAUGGAGGGCGGCUGCAAAGAAACUGGGAUGAAAUACUGUACAUCACUGAAACGACCAGACAGAUUCUUUAUAGUGACAGUCUAAGACAGACAUCGAGUUGUGGAGUGAUAUUACCUCAGCAAAAGAGAGCAGGUUCACAGAGUGCUGUGACACAGCAGUGGUUGUGUAACUGUGAAAGAAAGUUUUUUUUUCCCAAAAACAUUUAAAUAAUUCACUCGCUAUCUUUCAUUAACUGGUAAAGCUAUUGCUGCUCAUGCCUCCAACCGACAGACAGACACAAACACAAAACUAAAUCUCCACUUGUCAACAGCCGAAAUCAUCACAGAACUUUCUCCUAAUCAAGACACUCGGCAGAAAAGACACGCGGAUUGGGCCAGACAUUUCUCUCAUUCUUUAUCUCUACAUGCUGGGCUGAAUUUGCCCCGCUGAGUGACGUUUAUAGACUGGAUCCCGGGGCCUUCCGAGACCUCUACAAUCCUAUAUAUCCUCAGGACACACAUUGAUGUUGCUAAUGCUGUUGCCUGCCCGAGAGCGUGGAUAGUUGGCAUUCGCUCUUCUUCUACUCUGCUUCAAUUCACUGUGGAAAAAGGAAAUUACCACCCCGCAUCCUGCCCUCGCCUCACCAUCACACUCCACAAUCACUACCAGUCCUAUCGAGCACUUAACUGUUCACAAAGACACUGACAUUUUGUGGAUGUGAUGUACUCUUGCCACCCUCCCUCCGUCCCUCCCUCCUCCGUCUCUCCUUCCAAGGCUCACAAACACUGUGAGGUUUAAAAAUGACAGUGGACAGUUUGGCAGGAGGACAGUAGACAACAUCAAGAGGAUGUGGCGUGGAGGGACACUCUGUACCCACGACUCUGAACCCUUCCUGGCACCACCCAUGUAUGUGUGGCGAGAAAAAUGUCAAAAAAGGAAGGACAGAGCGGAGAUUCAGCAACCAAACAAUCAGUCACUUUAUGUGCGGUAGUCCACCCCUUCCACUCUUCCUCUCCUCUCUCCAUCUCACUCUCUCCCCCUUUAAAUCUCUCUAAUUGGUGCCCACAGUCUUGUGUUUCACCACACCUACCCGCACUUAAACUUCACCGACCCUAUUUAUUGCUAUCUUUAUCCAUGAUUAUUAUUAUUAUCAUUAUUGUUAUUAUUGUUGUUAUUAUGGUUAGAAUUGCUGUCAUUGCGUGUUAUUUUUAGUUUUUAUUUCCAUGGUUUUAAAUAUUGGUUUGUCAGAACUGGGCGGUUGUUUGGGUAACAAGAGACAUUAAGAGUGCUCUGCCCUAAAAUAAGAGGAAGAAAAGGAGUAGAGAGUGAAAGAAAAUAAAAAGAAGCAGUUACUGAGUGUUGUUGGGUUAAAAAAAAAGAAAGUCCUGUCCUGAAAGUCAUAUUUUUUAUUGUCAUGUUUCUCAAAAAUAGUAGAUGAGACUUGUUGAAAAUUAGCGAAACUGUGCUAUUUUGCUGCAGUUGAUGACAAUCUACUUUUUUGAGCCAUUAAAUAAAGGUGGCAGGUUUGACUCAGUUCUUCACUUUUGAUGCCUGUAAAUACCAAACAUUGGAUAAUUUGUUAUUGAUAUGCUUUUAUUUUUUAUUUUGAUGAGUGACUUUAUUGUGUUUGAGCCAGUUUGGAGUACCAGUUUGUUUUUUUUUCUCCUUUGGACAGCUCAGUGAAAUCAAUUAAUUUCAGUGUGUGCCAGGCAAAUUUCCAUUACAAGAGUAUUUAAAAAUAAUUCUGACUGUUUUGUUUGAUGUCUGGUGCAGUUGUGUAUACGGUAUGUUUCAAAACAAUAUCUGAGAAUGGAUAGCGUCUUGUUUGACUAUCCUGAUCGGCUGCUACACCCAAACAGAUGACCUGCCUUUUAGUUUUUACGUCGACUCCGAUCACUCCAUAUGUUAAUAUUGUGCUUUCCUGUAUGACAGGAAUCAGGGUAAGAUUUAAAUGGCCGUUCCAUUGAAAUCAUCCAGUGAAUAAAAAUUUGUGAAUUCAAAAA